CUUGCGGAUUUGAAGCGGGAUUUACGAGCAAAACUUCAUAUCGCGCCCGGAGAACGGGACAUGAACGAUUACGAAGGUUCAUUGUUGUCUGAAGAGGUCGCUGUGAACAUAAUUGAAGAUGUUCGAAAAGCCGCUAAACGAUGUCUCCUGUGCCCGUUUAUCGGAUACGCCUAA